AAAUAAAAUGGCCGAUAUAUGAGGCUAUUUUGUAUGGACAAUAAAAUAUGCAAUUCUGUAAAAUUAAUGACCAUCGGCCGCUCGUGUAUGUAUGUCAAAGUAUAGGUUCAGUGCCGCGAAAUACGAGAAAAGAAGGUGAAGUGUAAGUGAGCGUGUGGGAGUGCCGUGAGAGGAAGGUGGAGGUUGUCUUUCAAGACCCGUGGACGCCGCGGGCCCGAACACCGAAACGAAGAAUAACUUACGAACUCAAAUAUAUUGAAAAAUCAACCGACCACAAUAUCUUUUUCAUUGGCGCGCGGUGGCGCGGUGACAACAAUACGAGAACGGCUCUAGAUUUACGGAACCUGGUUUACAGCGCACAGGCCCCCUCUGCCGCCUGCUCCAAUUCUUCAGGCACUCUCGCCUCACCUAAACACUGUGUGUUCCUAAGUCUGACAAAGCAACACUUGGGAACACACCAAGCAUUUGUUAUACUUUAUGUGACAGAUGACAUACACAUGGUGUUAAUCACCUUCCAUAUUUUAUUUUAUGAAUCUUGAUUAUUCAUAAGCUGUCUAUUAAUAUCAAAGGAUCAAAUAUAGUAACUUAGAGCCGCUUCAGGCAGAUAUGAUUCUCAAUUUUGAAACCCACAGCUGAGAUACUGGAGUGUGACGGGUACGUUUAUUUAGAACCUUUCAAAAUAUUUCCCGCCGACCAGUUUGUUGUAGUGGAAAGAAAUGGUGCCGACAAUACGUUGACAGAGACGGAGGGGCCCACGAGCAGUGCGUCCAGCCAGCCCACCCCCUCCGUUACUCCUCUGUCAAACAUGUGCACCACUCCUGGCAACGUAGGCACAGGAUUUGGGUAUGCUUGGUCCUUUGGUGGACCUGGAGCAGAAACCCGAGAAAAUGCACAGGGUGAACUUACUACAAAUAUUAGUUAUGCUGUGAAUAAUAAUCAGGACCAAGGAUCCAGCCAAAAGAUACAGAUCGACAUUAAACCAACUAAAGUUGCCAAUAGUACACAUCGUAGACCCAUGUUCACUAUGAAUGAAACUUGUCAACAGACUCCGACGACGCAUCAUACAGCUGGAGCUCAUAAUCAAACACACGGCACACAUGUUCGUACUAAGAAACAUCACGACGUAUUUUCAUUAACAUGCGACAAGGGAGGUUGUAAUUGUGAUGCUGCGCAUGCAACACCCCCACCGUCUCUUUUUUCAAAUACUUUAGUUUUUACUACAGCUGAUAAACACGCUAUGAGUAAGCAUUUCAUGACACCUCUUGGACCACUACAGCUCACAGCAGAAGAGUGCAAUGAAAUUUUAAUGAAAAGAGCAGCAGCUGCUUCAAACCAAGCUAAUGUUAACAAUGUGGCAACGAGCCAGACAGAUAGUACGGCUCACUUUGGGCAUGUUUUAACGCAUGUGAACACUACACAAAUCGAAACAAAGGUCAAGCAACAACAAGAUAUGGGAAGUCAGGUCAGAGUACCAAAAGAAAGACCGUAUUCUUGUUCAGAAUGCGGGAAGUCAUUUCUUCUAAAACAUCACCUUACAACACAUGCAAGGGUACAUACAGGAGAACGACCUCAUGUUUGCGUUCAUUGUGGUAAAAGUUUUGCACACAAACACUGUCUUCAUACCCACCUUCUCCUUCACAGUGCGGACCGACCAUACCAAUGCAGAGAAUGUAAAAAGUCUUUUACACUAAAACACCACCUUGUAACGCACACACGAGUACAUACGAGAGAUCGUCCAUUUGUUUGUCAAGAGUGUGGAAGAUCAUUUCCUUUAAAACGUCAUUUAGUGACACAUAGUAAAUUCCACUCAGGGGAGAGACCUUUUGUUUGCGAAGAAUGUGGAGAAUCAUUUUCUCAAAAGGAUCACCUAACAAUGCAUUCGCGCUUCCAUGGCAGUUUACAUCCAUUUGUUUGUCACGACUGUGGAGCAACCUUCCAGAGAAAGUUUGAGUUAGUGAAUCAUGGUCGUUUGCAUGGCAGAGUUCCACAUUCGUGUACUGUUUGUGGGAAAGAAUUUCUCCAAAAGAGAACACUACUAGCACACAUGCGCUUACAUACAGGAGAAACUCCAUUUGCUUGUACUGUUUGUGGAGAAGCAUUUCCUCGAAAAACAGACCUGGUAACCCAUUCGAAGAUACAUAACAAUAAUACGAACACAGACGAAAAAUCUCUUAUGUGCAGGGAAUGUGGAUUGGACUUCUCAAACCGGGAAGCUCUUACCCUGCACUUAAGGUUACAUUCUGGUGAUCGUACUCUUGUAACAGAUCUCUGUGGGUUAGCAGCUGCUUUCCAACAAACUCCUGGACACUUCCUUACACCCAACACUUCUGGAACUCAUCAGGGUUUACAGAUGAAUGGACCCAUCGGAAAUCCCGGUGUCAGCCAUAUGCAUGGUGCAACACAAACAUCACCACCUGUAGGGACAGGCCCGAAACCAAAACCACACGUAUGUCCCGAUUGCGGUCGUGGAUUCGCGCAGAAACAUGGCCUGUCUCAACAUCAAAGACGUCAUACGGAUGGUAGCUGCCAUAUAAGAUCACACGUGUGCGAUAAAUGUGGAAAAGCGUUUUAUCAGAAGAAUCAUUUGUUAUUACAUCAACGCCAACACAUGGAUCCCCCGCCCAGCAUACUUCGGCAACAACAGAGACAAGCUGCACAAGCUGCUGCUCAACAAGCACAACAACAACAACAGCAGCAGCAGCAACAACAACAGCAGCAGCAGCAGCAACAGGUACAGCAGCAACAAGUGCAACAACAAGUGCAACAACAACAAGUGCAGCAACAGCAAGUGCAACAAGUGCAACAGCAGCAGCAGCAGCAACCUCAACAGCAACAAACAACGUGCACUGUAGAUACAAAAACAAUACAGCUUCAAGCAAUACAACAAGUGCAACAACAAGUUCAACAACAGGUACAACAGCAGGUACAGCAACAGCAACAGCAACAACAACAACAAGCGUGCUCUGUGGACACUAAAGCAAUACAGUUAAAUGUCACUAUGUGAGACGAUAUAGAAAGUGGGGAUUGGUCGAUCCCUGGAACAAUAGCACUCCCAAAUGCGCACCCUGCUGCCACCCUCUGCACGCACUUCUCUUGUACUAACAUUACACGUUAGAUAUAUUUAUUAUCUCUAGAAUCGAAUACGAAAUAACCAAUUUUAUUACAAGAGUAUAUAUACAAAGUAUACAUAUUAUAUUCUAAAUAUGUAAGGCUUGUAACAAGAAAAUAAAAAUAACCAUAUAUUAGUGUUUUACAUAUACUUUAUAUAUCAUUUACUCUAGAUAUGUAAAAUGAUACUAAACAAAUUAGUUGCCUUAAUGAGACGAAGAAUUUUAAUGAAUAUAUUAACUAUUGUUUGGUGAACUUUUUUUCAUUUACUUUUAAUUAGUAGGACGUCACUUUAUAAGAAAAUACAUAUUGAAUAAACAAACGUAAAAAAUAAGUUUUUUAUGUACUACUGCUUUGUUGUUAUCCUUCAUGCUGCGCUUGUAUGGUGAAAGUCGAGAGAAAUGUUGAUCGUGUGAAUGAUCAGUAAAAAAUAAAUAUGUAGAAUGUAUCAAGAAAGAGGGAGAGGGUGGCAGACAUAGCGCAUUUAUGGAGCAUUUAAAAUUGUAGGUCUGCCCGAAAAAAAAAGAGAUGAAUGGUGUCUUUAAACGUAUUUUUUACGUUAUAGCAAUUCGCGAAAUUUGUUUAACAAAUUCUAGAGAAUUAAGAGCGCAAGAGCAUUAUGAAAAUUUAUAUUCCAUUAAAUGGACAGUUAUUAACUUUAUUAAUUCGAAGGAUUCGAAUAAAGUUCGAAUCGUUAAAAUUGUUUUGUUUUUAUAUGAUUGAUAGCGUUUUCAUUUCUUGAACUUCCGUACUUUCUUAUGUUCUCGACUUCGACUUUUUUACUUUAUAAUACCAAGAUAUGUGUGAAAGCCAUUCACAUAUUCUUACAAAAAAACAUCCAGCAUAGUAAACUUUUGUAAUAGUUUUGUCAGAGAUAUGUAAUAGCUAAUAGAAUUGCGCAAAGAAAUGAAAGAAGUAAUAAAGGUAGCUUUCCUACAUAGUUUUAACAUACAUAUAUAUUUUUUCCAGACAGAUAACAAACAUGCAAUGCGUUUUUUCGUGAUUUUACACGAAAGUGAAACACGACCUAAAUUAGAAUCACAUUUUUAAAUGGAAGAAAAAAAAGAGAAAAAUUGUUAAACGAUGAAAUAUUGUAAAACGAGCUUUAAUGUGCCUUUUUUCAAGCUCGCGAUUAAAGUACCUUUCCUUCUUCUGCAUUCCUGUUUCUAUUCGCAUACGAUACAGAUUGUCUUGUGAAAGUAAACGUUUUGCCCACGCGCAUGAAAAUAUAUGGGCUACACGAAACAAUCAGUAUUCAUAUUUUUUUCAAACUAUGAAAAUACGAGCAUGUAGUACAUCUAUGCGAUUAAAAUUUUCAUUCGUUUCAUUUGUGCAAUAUAUAAGUUUAUUCAAGUUACUUACAGUCACACACGAAUCAAACGCUUCGAAUGCUGCGGUGCUUCACUUGUUUACUCAUUUGAACAUCCUGAAAUCUCCCGCGUUUCAUUUGGUAAUGUAAUAAAAAAUAGAAGAUAGGUAACACGCAUUUGUUCAUAAGCGAUAUCUGGCGGUGAUGUCCGGAGAUAGACGAACGCAAAUAGCGCAUGCGCAUAGGUCAUCGUAUACCGUCCCGCCUGCGGACGAACCGAAAUAAAUCGAACGACGCCGAGCCGAUCAGCAGUACGGUGCUCGCUGGAUGCGACUGUUUCGCGUUAGUGAUGAUCAAAACGAGUUGUCGUCGUCGUUGUUUGUGGCAUUUCGCGAAGACGAAGAAACCGUGAUCCGUGAUCAAAAGCUCGAGACGGAGAAGAGGCCGAGGACACACAUCGUCGCUCGUUGCCGCGGCCACGGAUGCAUAUGGAGUCGUUGAAUAUUUCAAGCAAGCAAACGCAUCGAAUUUUCUGUUUCCAUGAACGCGUCCUCCGUAGACCUGUUGGACGACGCUUUUGUGUACGUUUACAGCUGAUUGGGCUGUCAGCUGGGCUGCGCGCGAUAGAACCAUCUAGCAGGCUGGCCAACGCAUGUUCCAGAACGCUCCGAGGGGGUCUUGUUUUUCUCUUGCUUUUUUUCUUCUUCUGUCAUUUCCCAGCAGAGGCUCUGCUCGCUGGCGACCACGCCAGUCAGGGCAAUGCCUCUUACAAUCUUUAAACUUAUCCCUGGUGAGUCGCUAGCGGUUGGGAUAAGGUGAGGGGUUAUAUUCGACGCGUUUACGUUAUACAUGUACGCAAGCGUAAACCCUCGCCUAUACUGGAUGGGUAUUAUAAGUUUUGCCGGCCAAACUUUUUGAGUUUCCGAUAUGAAGUUUAAAGAUGUUUUGUGAAUUGGGCUAAUGGAAAUGAUCAAAGUAUUGAGAAAUUGAUGAAAUCAAAUUUUCUUUUUUAUGGAAAUGUUUAUUGCUUACAAUGCACUGUCGGAUUCUUAUCUCUAUUCGAGAGGUCUGCGUGAUUUAUUAAAGCCAUAUCUUCCUGUGCAUUCGAUGGAAGACAAGGGAGAAGAGAUAUCGUCGUUGCACGACGACUAAAGGGAACAGCGACUCUCACGUGUCAGAAAUAAUACAGCAGGAAGUGUGUCCGGCGAUUGUGUCACACAGGCUGUUAAUUCCGCGCGCUGCCAUAAGCCUGAAAAGUGAAGUACAUAGUACCGUUAUCGCAAGGCCACGACGAAUCAUUGUUUCGAUUGAUUCAAGCUGAGAAAGAAAGAGAACGAGGAGGACGGAAAGAAAGAGAAAGAGAGGGAACGUAGGCGAAGAAAAGGACGCGACGAAGAAGGAUUGAAGAAGGAAAAAAGAGGAAGGAGAGGAGGAUACGGGUUAAAGCCGCAGAAAGCGUCUGGCUCUCUAAAUCCAAAUAAGAGGUGUCCCCGAACCGGCGCUGUCUGAACCAGCUCAACAGCUGAUCGGAGUACGAAGCGGCGGUGAACGGGGCCACUAUUGCACCACCACCCC